AUGGCGCCUAAAGAGGACAGCACCGCAAUAACCUUCACCGAGGUGGACGAGGUUAACCAUCCUACCGCAACCUACAUUUACUCCGAGCCCGCAGCGGGCCCUGCACAUCGUGAGCAUGGCAAGAAACAUGGAGAGAAUUGGGGACGCGUGGAUGUGGCACAUGCUUCCUCCACUGCUCCGGCAGCUUGGUCUUCAAAGAGCGUUCAAGACUUUCUAGUUGAGGUCUUCCUUCCUGCUGGAUAUCCCCACAGUGUCACAGAUGACUAUGCGCCCCCCUAUCAAACUAGACGGCUAAUUCACGAAGGACUCUCUCCAAGCCUUCAGCAGCUCGAUUGCUGGCCUCCUAUCCUCGAGAGCAGUGCUGCAAGGUUGCCCUUAGGCGUUGGAGUUGGCAACGCCGAUGCCUCCCCCACCGCAGCCCUACUGCUGCACAUCCUCCAAGAUACCUCUGGCCGUAUCGCGACGAUCCUCUUCGCGCACCGGGUGGGUACUGCUCUCGAGCCAGAAUGCAAGAUGUACCGGCUUGCAGCGGACAUCUUUAACGAUCUAGCAAUGAUCCUUGACUGUCUCUCACCAAUGAUUCCUGCAGGUGCUCCUCGAGUCACCGUACUCAGCACAGCAGGUGUCCUUCGCGCUUUAUGCGGAGUAGCAGGGGGGAGUUCCAAGGCGAGUCUAAGUGCACAUUUCUCUCGCUGGGGGAACCUCGCUGAGGCCGCGAUCACUGACUUCUUAUCAACAGAAAGAUUCGUCUCAAGAGACAAUCAUAUCACUCAUCGGAAUGCUGGCCCUGCACCUCAGUCUCAAUUAUGCGGCCGUCCGCUCCGUCCAAAUGACCAGUCUCAACAGGCAGCGAGCAAACAUCGUCUUCUCAACCCUCCUAAACACCGACCCAGACCUCACACGACUCCUCCACCCAGAGCCAUCCAAACAGCAACAAACCCCUGCACAACACUCCCACCAACCGCCCUCCUGGAAGACCCUAACCCCAGCCCAAGUCUCCAAGAAAGAGAAAAUCUUCGAAACAGACGGCAUCCUCCGCUGGUCCCCAACAAUGAAACCCCCUCAAACCCUUGGUUACUGCCGUAUAGGCAUCUCCCUGCACCAAUUCCUCUCUUCCACCGCACCAUCCAGCAGCACACGAUCAACAACCUCCUCUCGAUCCCUCCGAACCCCAGUCCCAAUACCCCAACUCACCACCCUCUUCAACAAAGAAGACUACAUCCUCUACCUCACCAACAGCAGCAGAAGCAGCAGAAAGAACCCAACAUGGCACGCAAACAUCCUGCUCAAGAAUACUACUACCAGUCAAUCCCAGCUCAAGGCAUGGGCGCAUGCCUUGCUGGCUGCAAGGGUCUUGUCGACGUCAUCAGCAGCGACAGCAGACUCCACCAGUACCUCAGACCAGGUAGAAACUACGAUGAAUGUACUGGAGCGGACGUUAGAGUUCCUGAAUGA